AUGCGCGGUCUAACCACAUUCCGACCGCUCUUCCGGGCACCAAUCGCAACCCGGACUUUUAGUACAACCCGACCGAAUGCCAUUGCACGCAUCACCCUCGUCGGCAACCUCGGAGGCCAGCCAGAACUCCGCGCCACUUCAGGGGGGCGAGAGCUGGUGAGCUACUCCGUCGCGACCAGCUAUGGACUCAAAGAGGAUCGCCAGACGAGCUGGUGGCGCAUCACAAGCUUUGCUCCCGAAGGACCUUCUAGAGAGCAUUUGCUCAACUUGCCAAAGGGGUAA